UGUCAUGUCAUACUAAUUUUAUCGGUGUUUUUGUUGAAAAUAUUAAACAUAAGUUCUAGUGCUAUGUCUUAAUUUCAAUGGAUUAUUGUUCUCACAAUUCUACUGCAAUGGAGCAGUCUGAUAUUGGAUUAAACCUGCAUUGUUUGGGGUGUUUUGCUUCGAAAGAAGAGAAGUCACUUUACUGCCUAAAUCUACAGAAUUCAGUUUUCAAAAUAGUUAUACAGGCUGAAUGUUUAUACCUUUGCUAUCUGUGCAAGCGGGCCUUGCAGAAAGCAGAGAUGUUCAUAAGAAAUGUACAAAAUAACAAUAUUCUACUUCAAAAUAUGCAAGGGAUGGAAAAUUCCACUCUACAGUCAGCUCGAACACAUACCGGUCCGUAUCAGCUAUCUUCAGUGAGACUCGACAUUAUUGAAGUAGGGUUUGAGCCAGAAGAGGAAAAGGAUCAGAAAAACGUCUAUGAUGAUGUAAAACUAGAGAUGAAGGAGGAUAGUGCACCAGAUCAUUAUCAAGAUGAUAAUAGCAGUCAAGAGUCAUUUGACAAGGAAAGUUCAUUACCCUUAAAUGUAUUAUUAAAAGAAGAAAAGGAGGUAGUAAAAACCCCCAAGGAAAGAAGCCCGAAGAAGACACCCAGGAAAUAUAAGAAGAGAAAGAAGAAGAAUGAUGAAGAAGAAGAUGAAUUAGCCAUAAUACCCUUCGAAAUAACCCGUGAGCAGUGUUUUGAGGAGCGCGCGCGCAUGGCGCUAGACCAACGAUACUUGGCUUCCACUUACAAGUGCACGGACUGCGUCAAAGGAUUCAAUUAUAAAGAUAGCUUUGAUAAACAUAUGGAGAAACAUAGUGAGAGUAAUGGAAAUUAUGAAUGCGACGUAUGCAAGCAGAGAAUGAGCACAGAAGAAAAAUUUGUCGGACAUAAGAAAUACCAUGAAAAGCGUUACCGCUGCCCCGUAUGCGGCAUGACCCGCGCUAGUCGAGUAUUGGUCAAGGACCACUAUUCUGCCUUCCACUCCUCCCACCAGACUAGGCACAACUGCCCACACUGCGAGAAAACUUUUACCCGUAAGCUAGCAUGGCGUAAGCACGUGUCUAGCGUGCACGGUCGCGCGAGGGAAACGUGCCAGUAUUGUAAGAAGACUUACGCUAACAAGGACGCUCUAAGAUCGCAUAUAAACCUUCGACACCCAAUAGAGGGCACCACUCGACCAAUAAUCAAGUCCCACAUUUGUCAAGACUGCGGCAAGGCGUUUAGAAGUCCUUCGUUACUCAAGAUUCACAGUGUCAAGCAUUCUAAUAACAAGGAUUAUUACUGUGUCGAGUGUGACAAGAGUUUCAAAACGUCCACGAUACUGAAACAUCACUUGAAGACUGCGUCAGUUCACGUCAACUACGUUGAUUUACCUUUGGCCUGUGAACACUGUGGGAAACGGUUUGCAAUCCGUCGGGACUUAGAGCAACAUAUCAACAGAGUACAUCUCAAUAUAAAACCCUUCCAGUGCGAUCGCUGUGAAAAGGCAUACGUGAAUGUGUGGUCUCUGAACGAGCACCGUCGGAUCGCCCACGAGGGGUUCAAGCGCCCGCUCAAGUUCCCAUGCUCCAUGUGUGAUAAAGUCUUCGAUAGCAACAACAUCCUCAAAGAUCACAUCCGCACCCACACGGGCGAGCGCCCCUUCCAGUGCAGCCGCUGCCCCGCGCAGUUCCGCCAGCCAGCACUCUGGGGACUCAUGUCAAACUUGUGCAUCUCAAGCUGACUAGAGACGGCAGGCCCAAGGCUUUGGCUGCCAAAUCUCAGUACUUCAGCCAAGAUAAUCAAACUACCACAAUAGAAUCGAGCCAAUAUACAGGAGACACAUCACAAGCUAACUAGGGAUGACCUAUUGACCACCCAGCAAAUACAAGCCACGUCAGAGCCGUCU